CAGAGGAGCGACAGAGGGAAAAGGGGGGGGGGGGCGAGGAAUAGCCGCCGAGAGAUUAGGUGGUGAAGGGCGUAAGUAUUGUGCAGUUAGCCAGCGGCCACCAGCGGACACCUCGCCAGCAGCAUGCGACUCGCACUACUCGUCGCCGUCAUCGGCGCGGCCUGUCUGCUGGGCACCUGCUGCGCACGCGACCUGCACAGCGGUCGCACCGGGCUGCAGAUCGUGGGCGGCCACCCCGUGAAGAUCGAGGAGGUGCCGUUCCAGGUUUCCCUGGAGCAGUAUGGCGCGCACCAGUGCGGAGGCUCCAUCCUCAGCAAGCAGUGGGUGCUGACGGCCGCCCACUGCAUCUACGGGAUCGAUGACCCCACGAUCUACGGGGUCCGCUACGCCACGGACGUCAAGGAGCAGGGCGGCACGCUCGUGCAGGUCAGGUGGAUGGCCCUCCACGACCAGUACGUCAACGAGCGGCGGCAGCACGACGUGGCCGUCGUCCAGGUCGACGAGGACAUCGUGUUCUCGGCCAAGGCGCAGCCCGUCCGCAUGACCGUCGUCGGCACCCUGCCCAAGUCGACCGACACGCUCUCCGUGUCCGGCUGGGGCACCGACAGCUACUACGACUGGGACGGGCCCUCUGACCUGCGGGCAGUGAGUCUGCCGUACGUGCCCAGGUCCACCUGCAGGAUCUCGUACGAAGACCGAGGCAGGCUCAUCGACGACUCCAUGAUCUGCGCGGGGAUGAGCGGCAAGGACUCGUGCUGGGGUGACUCGGGCGGCCCGCUCGUCAACAUGCUGGGCGUCCAGGUGGGCGUCGUCUCCUGGGGGGUGGGUUGCGGCUACCCCGGGUUCGCGGGCGUCUACGCGGACCUCGGCAGCGCCGUCAACCGGGCCUGGAUACAGAACAAGACGGGCAUCGCAUAGAGAAGAAACUUUUCACCAACUAUGAAACGCCAAAGUGGUUUCAUAUACGUCAAGCGAAUCAAGUGGUCCAGCUAUUCAUUAAAAAUAAAUGUCUAUGUGAAAUGAA